ACAAGAAAGCAAUAAGUCAUCAUUCACGUGCAAAUAUUAGAUCUACACCAAGCAGUUCUUCAAGCAUGGCUAUGAGUGUCCCUGAUCCUUUCUCCUCUUAUGAAGGAGGCAUGAUGGCCCCCCUCUGGACGGGAGGUCCCACCCCAGGCUCUCUCUAUCAUUUUCCAAACUGUAAGAGCUCUGCAGAAGCUCAGCCAGUCACCCAUACCUUGAGACCCAUGGUAACGGGAACAUCAGUGGUGGCUGUGACAUUUGCCGAUGGUGUCAUGAUGGCUGCCGAUACUCUAGGUUCAUACGGAUCACUGGCUCGGUUCCGAAGUGUGUCCAGGGUCAGAAAGGUCACAGAAAACUGUGCCGUGGCUGCCUCAGGGGAUUAUGCUGACUACCAAUUUCUGGAGAGACUUUUCGAUUAUUUGACUAUCGAGUCUGAUUCCCUAGAUGACGGGCACAAGUACACGCCCACUUCCCUCUACUCCUGGCUUAGUACGUACAUGUACGACCGACGCACCAAGAUUAACCCUCUCUGGAAUACUAUUGUUGUUGGAGGAUACCAUGACAACAAACCGUUCUUGGGUCAAGUGAACUCUCAGGGAACAGCGUUUAAAGCCCCCACUCUGUCCACUGGGCUGGGCAGCUACAUCGCUCAGCCACUGCUUAGAGAUGCUUACGAGAAGAACCCGUCCAUGACCCGGGAUGAGGCCAAAGACUUGCUGGAGAGGUGCCUCAGGGUGCUCUUCUAUAGGGACUGCCGGGCACUCAACAAGUAUGAGAUAGUGACAGUUUCGGCUGAUGGAGUGGAAGUGGUGGGUCCAUUGGUUGGCAAGAACGACUGGACCAUUGCCUCUUAUGUCAGUAUCGAGUCUGAUUCCCUAGAUGGCGGGCACAAGUACACGCCCACCUCCCUCUAUACUCCUGGCUUAAUGGAGUCCACUAUUCAGCUAGUUCCAUUCAUGCUACUGGUAGUAGCAUUGUUUGCAUUAAUGGUGAGACCAUCAACAUCCAGCCAAAUACCCCGAAGCAAGAGUCAGGCACCAAAUCCUGGGUUCAGAACGGCCAUUACUAAUAAAGGACUGAGCUAUGUGCUCCAAGUUGGUCUGCCUAUCCUGAAGCAAGAGCUCUCUUCUGUGCAUAUCCCUGAUAUCUCUGGCAGCACCCAUGUGAACGUGGUGGGGAAGGUGGAGUACUCUUUGAAGAAUAUCCACCUAAAUGACCUGACAUUUGGUAAGUCCUCACUUGUGACGAAACGAGGCGAUGGUUUGUUGCUGACCGCCUCCCAAAUCAGCCUUCAGGGAAAAGCAGACUGGCACUACAAGAUCAAAGUUUUGUUUCCUAUCUCUGACUCUGGCAGCAUGGACCUGUCUACGAGUGGGGUGUCACUAAGUGUGGGUGUGGUGAUAGGAUCAGACCCCAAGGGACACGCCACACUCACCACUAAAGAGUGCUCUUUCAGUAUCAGCCAUCUUCAUGUAAAGUUCCAUGGGGGAGCAAGCUGGCUCUACAACCUGUUUGAUGGUCAAAUAGCCGGAGCCAUUAAGAAAGGCCUCAAUGGACAGAUUUGUGAUGUUGCCAGCAAAGCUAUCAAUGAUCAGGGAAACAAGGCACUUGAGUCACUACCAGUAAUUGUGCCUGUGGAUAGUGUGGCUGCUAUAGACUACGCUCUUGUUAGGCCUCCUAACUUCACCGACUGGUAUAUUGAAACUGACCACAAGGGCGAGUUCUUCCCAGUGUCUGACACAAAGAAGGAGUCUCCAUUCACCCCGCCUCUUCUCCCGCCCCUUUCGUCCCUCGUCAACUCCACCUCCUGCAAGAUGAUGUACCUAUGGCUCACUGACUAUGUUGCCAAUACAGCUGCUCUGGUCUACCAGCGAGCCGGCAAGCUCCAUUACAUGAUCACCCCUGAUAUGAUUCCGUCAAAUUCAUUUGUGAAACUGGACACUCAAGCUAUUGCCACUUUUCUUGGAGCUCCAGGGCUAAAGCAGAAGUACCCUAACAUGAGCAUGCAAAUCUUACUGAACACCACCAUGCAUCCGUUCAUCAAUAUCAGUCGAUCUGGGGCCAACUUCUCAGUGCCAUCUGAAGCUGUGUUCUAUGUGAAAACCAAGAACAGAACUGUCCCAGCAUUCACGAUAAGCAUUAUUGCCAUCCUGGAUGCUAAAGCCAAGUUGGUGCAAGCUGGUGGGAAAGAAGUGAUUGUAGCCAAUGCAACAUAUGUCAGCGCAUCCUUCGCUGUAGCCACUUCCGACAUCGGGAAGAUUGAUCUUGCAAAUUUUCAAGGCCUUUUCAACAAUCUGGCUAAUUCUCUUGUCAUCAAGCAAAUAAACAAAUUUCUAAACAAGGGUCUUGCACUACCAACUGUCGAUGGAAUAUCGUUUAUGGAUGCUAACAUUUCAUUUGGAAAGGGCUAUGUGAUGGUGGCUACAGACAUUAUUUACAAGCCUUAA